AGAAGAGAACGAGGCAGUAUUGUUGCAGGGAGACGCGAGAUCGAAGCAGAAAUGGCCGCUCUUCUACGGCGAUCGUUUUCGCGGCUGCACCGCCACGGCUCUCGAUCCUUGCUGUUCCCGUGUCGCCUGUUUUUAGGUGAUGGAGCGAGGUUUGCUUUUGGUUUGAGCGUGAAUUUUCUGAAUCAGCAAGGUUUUGCAAAAUAAAUGAAGGAUUGGAUUCAAGAAGAAAUUCCGUUUGUUACAUUGAUUUUUCUGGUUCAACGUUGACUUCGGGAGUGGCGAGGAAUGUUAGAGCAAUGGUUUGUGGAGAUUGGGAUGGCGUACUUCAAACACUGCACUGUGGAAUUUAUUUGGGAUCUGUUAAGCACACGGAUUUAGAAUUUGCGACUGGCGCGACUGACUCACCUGUCUUUAAUGAAGGUGCAAGAAAUAGGCAGUACCAAGGUUGCGCUUCGGAACUCCAUCACAAUGGUUCUUGGAAAUACUUUGCAGUAAAUCCCCAGCAAUUGGGUCGUUGGCGUACUUUGCCAUUUUCAUCGCUGCAUACGUUGGCGGAUUGCGAGUCGGCCCGGCCAUGUUGGAACAGAUCCGGGCGGUGCAAAUCACCAUGGAGUCUCAGUAGGUCACUGGCGUUGGGAGGGGUUCGACACGAGAGUGUGUAUGAGAAGAGAAUGCGAGAAAUAAGAUCGGUACGGGCACGCGGACGGCGAAUGAAACAAUCAUCUGAAGCAUAUGAUACAGACACGUCUGCCGCCUAUGACGAAGAUCCAUCUCAGCCGCCAUUGAGUCAACCUUUGCGCGGGUCGUUGAAGCCAUCUUCUCCAGAAGAGAUGGUUCUGGUUCCAGUGCUAGCUAGGCCUGACUUGAUAAUUACUCGGAAUGUGGAAUGGGCCAACCUGGCCUUUGGGUUUGAGCAGGAAAAUAGCUACAUCAUUAUGGAUCCCCGUCAACCUCAAGCUCCCGUGGGGUACAUCAAUGAGCUCAGCAACGUUUUCUUGCGGCAGAUUCUGCGCACGCGGCGACCCUUCACGGCAACGAUCUAUGAUGGUCAGAGUAAUGUGAUUUUCAAGGUUCGAAGACCAACUUGGGUAGUUAAUAGCUCGAUCUUUGUGGAGAUUGAUGGCAAUGUAAUCGGCGAAUGCCACCGGAGAUGGCACUUGUGGAGGCGUAUAUAUGACGUUUAUUUGGGGGACCAACAAUUUGCUACAGUGGAGAAUCCAGGGUUUUGGAAUUGGACCUUCUCUUUGAAGGAUAAACAUGGCAGAACGCUUGCAGAAAUAGACCGCAAUUGGAGAGGUUUUGGUUAUGAGUUUUUGACAGAUGCGGGACAGUACGUGAUUCGAUUUGGUGACAUACACCCGGACCAAAGUCCACACUAUAUUGCACCCGAUGAAGUACUCCAUGGGCGCGGCCCCCUUUUAACAAAUACGAAGCAACACUCUGGUGUGCAGGAAAUGCAUCAACUGCAAACAGCAGCUGAGGAGGCUGAACCAUUGCAAGUCUCGCGAGUUUUGACAUUAUCUGAAAGAGCUGUCGCUUUAGCUUUGGCUAUAUCUCUCGACAACGACUAUUUCUCUCGACAUAGCAAUCCGAGAGGGGGCUUCCUUCCAUUCUAUGGCUCUGAUGUAUGAGCAACAAACGUACCAUUGGUCCGAAUGGGACUCUACAUGAGCAUCUUGUCUCUGCUUAAGAUAUUGACAUGCCUUUUGGGUUUCCAGGUUAGAUUAGCAGUUAUCCAAAUGGCAUUGCUUUAAGAAGACGCCAUUUUCGUCCUGCUGAAAAGCUAACCAUUCUUUCAAUGUUCUUGAUGUCCUCGAUCAAGUUAAGGACUUCAGUAUAUCCUUGAAAAUAGAUAUGGGAGAGUUCUACAUAAUUUCCACGCUGUUAAUGUUUCUAAAACUGAGAGCAGACGACACCCUUCGGCCAAAUAACAUCAUUCUGAGAAGGUGGGUUUCUUAUAUCCAAGUUUAGACUCGCCUCUUCCACGACUUCCACGACUUCCACUUUUGGACUAUGAAGUUCGAUUGCAAUGACUGAGCGGCGUACCGUUGAGAUGGGGGGUUGCUCUUGUUGCGGACACCUUGCUUGCUGUAUAUUUAGGUACAAUGAUUGUUGACAGGUUGUCCUAGUACAAUAUGAUCAUUUGGAACACUUUCUUAAGCGUGGAAUAUCCAGCAUGGUCUACAAUUACUUUUCAGCCACAUGAGUAAUAAUUUUCAUUCGUCUUGAA